AAACAUAGUGUUAAAGUAUUUUGUUUUUUCUAAAACUCUGUAUAUAAUAAUAGGAGUAUAGUGUUUCAUACACAUCUUCCCAAUUUUAGGGCUAAUAGAAUAUGAGUAAUAUAGUGUUACAUAAUUUGGAAUUUGACCAUCCUUCCAAUACUCUACUCAUGAUAAAACAUUUAGUGUAUAAGGUGUAUUCAAUCUGGAUUUUAAAAGAUUAUGUAAUUUUUUUAGAAACCAUGGAUUAUGUAAAAUUCAUUGAUUAUUUUAAUUCUAUGUGGACUUUGUGGUUGAGUUUAAUGUAUUGUAAUAUUAGGAUUUGUUUGGAUUCCAAAAGUUCAUAGAUUGAUCAAAUAUCAAUAAUUGAUUACAAAUUGAAAGAAACCAUGGUUUUUACAUAAUUUGUAUGAUCCAUGGAUUCUAAAAAAUCUUACAAAAUCUUUUAAAAUUUGAAUCGAAUACACCCCCUAAGAUGUUUUAUCACGAGUAAAGUAAUCGAAAGAUGGUCAAAAUUUGAAAUCUCAAAACACCGUAUUACUGAUAUUCUAUUAGCCCUAAAACUGGGAAUGUGUGUAUGAAGCAGAACUCUACAGUCGGAAGUAGGGAGCUUUGAAGAUAAUUGCGCUGUAUCUUUGGUAGAUAGUUUUUGCUAGUGUAGGGAAAUAUGGAAAAUGCAGAGGAUGGAUGCAAUGGCUCCGGUGGUCACCAGGAGAAACAAGAAGAUGAGGAAACAGUUGCCCGCCUUGAGGAAUUCAAAAGAUCUAUUGAGGCAAAAAUGGCUCUACGACAAAGCAAUUUUCAUCCUGAAAAGCCAGACCCUAGCUUUCUGAGGACACUGGAUUCCAGCAUUAAGCGUAAUACUGCAGUAAUUAAGAAACUCAAGCAAAUUAAUGAAGAGCAGCGAGAAGGUUUGAUUGAUGAACUGCAGAGUGUGAACUUAAGUAAAUUUGUUAGUGAAGCAGUUUCUGCUAUUUGUGAUGCUAAGCUUCGGUCGGUAGACAUUCAAGCUACUGUUCAGGUCUGCUCUUUGCUUCAUCAACGGUACCCAGAUUUUUCACCAUGCCUAGUUCAAGGCCUCAUGAAAGUGUUCUUUCCUGGGAAAUCUGCUGAUGACUUAGAAUCAGACAGGAAUUCUAGGGCCAUGAAGAAGCGUAGCACAUUGAAACUUCUUUUGGAACUAUACUUUGUUGGAGUUAUCAAUGAUUGUAGCAUCUUUGUGAGCAUUAUUAAGGAUCUAACUAGUAUCGAACACUUGAAGGACCGUGACACAACCCAUACAAAUUUGUCUCUUCUUGCGAGUUUUGCUCGGCAAGGGAGAUAUUUGCUUGGUCUUCAACUCACCGACCAAGAUAUUUUUGAAGAGUUUUUUAAAGGCCUCAGUGUCACAACAGAGUUGAAAAGGCUCUUAAGGAAAGCAUUUCAAACAUAUCAUGAUGCAGCUGUUGAACUUCUUCAGUCAGAGCAUGCUUUGCUUCGCCAAAUGGAACAUGAAAAUGCAAAGAUUUUUGCUGCUAAAGGAGAACUCGGUGAGGAAAGUGGUUCUUCAUAUGAAAAGCAGCGGAAAGCUUAUGACCUGUUGUACCGCGGUGUGUCAUCUUUAUCAGAGGCACUAGACAUGCAACCUCCUGUGAUGCGUGACGAUGGUCACACAACCAGGGUAACAUCAGUGGAAGACAUAUCAUUUCCUGGGGGUGGUAUAAAAGAUUCUUCCUUAGAAGCCCUGUGGGAUGAUGAGGAUACAAGGGCUUUCUAUGAGUGUCUGCCAGAUCUCAGGGCAUUUGUUCCUGCAGUUUUACUGGGAGAAACUGAAUCCAAAUUGAGCGAGAAGGCUCAAGAACCUCCCAUUGAAUUGGCAUCAGAUUCGGAUCAAGGUCAGAGCCAUGUGUCUGCCAAAUACAGUUCAGAGGGUUUUCGAGAUUCUGGAGUGAUAACAGAGGAUAAGAAUGAUAAAAUCAAGGAUAAAGAAGAAAAAGAUAAAGAAAAGAACAAGGAAGCAGACAAAGAGAAAGGGAAAGAAAAAGAGUCUGAAAGAAGAGUAGAUAGUGAAAAGGAUAAGGUUAAAGGUCUCGAAGGAACCAAUUUGGAAGGUUUACUGCAGAGGCUCCCGCGUUGUGUGAGCCGUGACUUGAUAGACCAGCUGACGGUUGAAUUUUGCUACUUGAAUUCUAAAUCUAGCAGAAAGAAGCUUGUGAGGGCUCUGUUCAAUGUUCCUAGAACUUCACUUGAACUGUUGCCAUACUAUUCACGUAUGGUUGCUACACUGUCCACUUGCAUGAAGGAUGUGCCUUCCAUGCUUUUACAGUUGUUAGAAGAAGAGUUCAACAGUUUGAUUAAUAAGAAGGAUCAAAUAAACAUUGAAAGCAAAAUAAGGAACAUUCGUUUUAUUGGGGAACUCUGCAAGUUCAAAAUUGCAGCUUCUGGUCUUGUUUUCAGUUGUCUAAAGACUUGUUUGGAUGACUUCACUCAUCACAAUAUUGAUGUUGCAUGCAAUCUUCUGGAAACAUGUGGUCGUUUUCUCUACCGCUCUCCUGAGACCACAAUAAGAAUGACUAACAUGCUAGAGAUAUUGAUGCGGUUGAAGAAUGUUAAAAAUUUGGAUCCCCGCCAUAUCACAUUAGUGGAGAAUGCAUAUUAUUUGUGCAAGCCUCCUGAAAGGUCUGCACGAGUUUCUAAGAUUCGCCCUCCUCUGCAUCAGUACAUAAGAAAACUCAUUUUCUCGGAUCUUGAUAAGUCUUCUAUAGAGCAUGUACUUAGGCAGCUUCGGAAACUUCCCUGGAGUGAAUGUGAGUCGUACCUUUUGAAGUGCUUUAUGAAGGUGCACAGGGGGAAGUAUGGUCAAAUUCACUUGAUUGCUUCCCUUACUGCCGGUUUGAGCCGGUAUCACGAUGAUUUUGCCGUUGCUGUUAUAGAUGAGGUUUUAGAGGAGAUCAGGGUGGGAUUAGAGUUGAAUUACUAUGGGAUGCAGCAGAGACGUAUUGCUCACAUGCGGUUUUUAGGAGAACUAUAUAACUAUGAAAUUGUAGACUCAUUGGUUAUUUUUGACACGCUCUAUCUGGUCCUUGUGUAUGGCCAUGGAACAGCAGAGCAAGACAAGCUGGACCCACCAGAGGAUUGUUUCCGUAUCAGGAUGGUCGUUACGCUUCUAGAAACAUGUGGGCACUACUUUGAUCGAGGUUCAUCUAAGAGGAAACUCGACCGCUUCCUAAUUCAUUUCCAAAGAUACAUUUUGAGCAAAGGAAUGUUUCCCCUGGAUAUCGAGUUUGAUUUGCAGGACUUGUUUGCUGAACUACGUCCCAACAUGACCCGAUAUGCCUCAAUUGAAGAAGUUAAUGCAGCAAUUGUGGAACUUGAUGAACAUGAGCGAACAGUUUCUACUGAAAGGGCCAAUACUGAGAAGCAUUUAGACACAAAACUUGAACAUCCAGUUAAUGGAGGUCAAAGCCAUAGAGAUGGUAUUGUUGAUGAAGAAAUUAACACGGGAGAGACAGAUAGCGAUUCAGAGAGUGAGCAACGGCGGCGUGAUGACGACGACGAAGGAUUCGAUGAAGAGAAUCGUGAUGUCGUGUCUGAUUCCUCCGACGUAGAGUACGAUGACGUGGACGGUGGACCCGGUUCCGAUGAAGACGACGAUGAAGUGCAUGUGAGGUCAAAGGUUGCUGAAGUGGACCCAAAGGAGGAGGCUGACUUUGACCGCGAGCUGAGGGCUUUAUUGCAGGAGAGUUUGGAUUCGCGGAAAUUGGAGCUGCGUGCAAGGCCGACGAUUAACAUGGUGAUGCCGAUGAACGCACUGGAGGGGCCCACAAGGGAUCACCAUCAUCACCGCGGUGGGGCCGAAGGAGAGAGUGGGGAUGAGACGUUGGCGGGGGACGAAGAUUCAAGAGGAAGCAAGGAGGAGGUUAGGGUUAAGGUUCUAGUGAAAAGGGGAAACAAGCAACAGACGAAACAAAUGUACAUACCUCGCGACUGCUCCAUCAUCCAGAGCUCGAAGCAGAAAGAAGCAGCCGAGCUUGAAGAGAAGCAAGACAUCAAGCGGUUAGUGUUGGAAUAUAACGACAGAGAAGAAGAGGAGCUUCUUAACGGCGGCUCCCUUGGUGGUAACCAACACCAGAACUGGUUGCAGAGUGGCGGCAGAGGUUCAUACCGGGGCAACUCGUGGAGCAGCGGGGGCCCACGCCAUCGCUAUCUGCAACACUCUGGCGGCGGGUUGUACUAUGGCAGAAGAAGAUGAUCGCGUUGACCGACCACUCUGACCUCAAGACUACGUACGAGGUAUUGUUAUUAGUAUUAAAUAUGCAGACAAAUCAUCAAGGAGUGUGAAUCAACUAAUCAAAGAUGUUAUGUAAAUAAUACCAACACCAAUACCAUCUGCUUUUGUCAAGCAAGACAAAUAUUUGCACUGCUGGUCUCUAACAGUUCAAGUAGUUCAGAUCAAAUGAGAGGUAAGUGUUUUUUUUUCUGGUUCGGUUGCGUUUUGUUUGGUGUACUACGUACGGGUUGGGAUA